AUGGAGGACAGCACCUGCGCCAAUCCCCUCCUACUUCAAUGGAUCAAGGAAUGGUUGGAUGAAGCUCGAGAGCGCAAUUCAAAAGGGGUUUCUGUCUACAAAAGGGCAUACGACUCCAUGAAAGCGUGCCCCCUGCCCUUCCAACACCCCUCGGAGGCUCAACAAUUGAAUGGCCUUGGCCCUAAGUUAUGUGAACGGCUAACAGAGAAUAUGCGAGACUAUUGUGAAGAGCAUGGCCUCCCUAUGCCUCGACUCCCACAUGCAGCACUCAGAUCAAAGAAGAGAAAAGAAUUAGAAAAAGCGAUGACCCAGACAGAAAUGGAAACGGUGCCAGCACCAGCAAAACGAGCGCGAAAGCCAAAGACUUAUAUACCAGCUCUUCGCUCUGGCCCUUACGCAUUGCUGCUUGGCCUUGCGUCAAUUGAGGAGCAUUCGCCUAAUGGAGCAUCGAAGGCUAUGCUAAUUGAAGCUGCACAACCCCACUGCGAUGCGUCGUUUACAGCUCCGCCUGACCCAUCUAAAUAUUAUACUGCCUGGAAUUCCAUGAAGACUCUCGUGCAGAAGGAUCUUGUUUAUGAGCGUGGACGCCCAAAGAGAUAUCUUCUUACAGAACAGGGUUGGGAAACUGCAACGAGUAUUAAGAAUACUGCCGGAUUGUCGUCAGCUGGCGAUGGUGGUCACAGAUUUGAUAGUGAGGCCCCAAGUGCCUCACAGAAUUCAAUUCGGGGAUCUCAAUCUGGAAUCCCGACACAAACUGCUAAUACUCUUUUGAGUUUGGAUGAUGAUAAUGAUACUUUGUAUGAGUCUGUUGGUAUGCAGCGAAGCUCAACUACACCUACUGUUUCUCGAGAUUUUGGUAGAACGAUACAACCAUCUACGCCUGCUACUCCAAUUUCACUUUCACCAAGUGACUUCACUAUUGAACUUGUUCUAGAUGUUCGAGAAGUCCGCACAAAAACAGAUAGAGAUUAUAUCUCCAAUGAGCUUAUUCGAAGGGGAGUGUCGCCCAUUGUCCGCUCCCUUGAGGUAGGGGACGCAUUAUGGGUAGCGAAAUGCAAAGAUCCAAAUCUUCUAGCUAGACAUGGUGAAGAGGGAGACGAGCUAAUGUUGGAUUGGAUAUUGGAGCGCAAACGGCUCGACGAUCUUAUUGGAAGUAUCAAGGAUAGUCGGUUUCAUGAACAGAAAUACCGCCUUCGCCGAUCAGGGGUUAAAAAUGUCAUAUAUCUAGUUGAAGAAUUUGGAUGCGCUGAUCUAUCAAAUGCAAAUGCAGCACGCAGCCAAGAAGCCGUAGCAUCGGCAAUAACGUCAACCCAGGUUGUCAACGGACACUUUGUCAAAAAGACUCGCAAUUUAGACGACACCAUUCGAUAUCUUGCUCGAAUGACCUCAUUGCUAAGAAACAUGUUUGCUGAUCCGGGAACAACCGAUGUACCCCCAAACAUCAAACACAUGUCACUUUCUCUCAUCCCCACCCAAUCCUUGACCUCUCUCACAUCGUACCUUGAUCUUCUGGGCAAACUUCGUGCUGACGACAAGAUCUGUCACCCCUCACAUGCCUCGACAACUUUUGCAAUCUCAUUCCCUACGUUCUCCGCCUUCUCCUCAAAAUCAGACAUGCUAACUCUCCGCGAUAUCUUUCUUAAAAUGCUCAUGUGCGUACGUGGCGUAAGUGCCGAGAAAGCCCUGGAGAUUCAACGCCUGUGGCCCACCCCUAAGGAAUUCGUUCAAGCCUUUGAGGCAGUAGAUUCUAGAGAUGAGCAUGGAAAACGAUUGAUGGAUGACCUAGUAUUUUCAAAGAUGGGGCAUUUGGUGGGGAACAAGAAGGUUGGGAAGGCAUUAAGUAAAAAGAUUGCGGAGGUUUGGGGAGGAUAUAGCUCUCUUGACUCUCCUCAAUUUUCCGAUAAUGAAUGA